CGCCUUGAACGGAUGUGUGUGGGUUCCAUAUCGAACUGUUAACAACAAACUCGCGCUCUCUCUCGCACGAUCACUCUCGCUCUCUCUCUUUCUAACUCUAUUGAGUAUUGAUACAAGUGUUUGGAACUGUAAUCAGCUGAGCAGCUUAUCAAUAUAUAACAACAACUAAAAGUGUGUUAGCCAACAUGACGGAGGGCAAGAACGUACCCAACUCCAGCGCAGAUGUGCCCUUUCGCGCCAAGGAGCUGCGCAAACAGUCGCUGAUUCAGCAGAGUGGCGGACUCGUUGGCGUCAUCGAUGAAGGCACCAAGACCAUUGGUUUCUCCAUAUACACUACACCGGAUUUCAAAGAAAUUGCUGCACAUCGCGUUGAGCUGAGCGUCAUAACGCCACAGGAUGGCUGGUUUGAACAGGAUCCGCUGGAGAUAAUGGGCUCCAUUAACAAAUGCGCGGAGGAGGCCAUCAAGCAGCUGCCCGAGCAGGGCUACAGCAUCAACGAUAUCGUCACCAUAGGCAUUACCAAUCAGCGCGAGACAACAAUUGUCUGGGAUGCAGUCACAGGCAAGCCGCUCUACAAUGCCAUCGUCUGGAAGGACAUACGCACAAGCAGCACGGUGGAGCAGAUAGUGGCCAAGGUGCAGGAUGCGAACCACUUCAAGAAGCGCACAGGUCUGCCCAUCUCCACAUACUUCUCAGCGCUGAAGAUUCGCUGGCUCAAGGACAAUGUGCCCGAGGUGCGUCAGGCGUGCAAAGAGAAGCGCUGCAAGGCCGGCACUGUGGACAGCUGGAUUGUAUGGAAUCUAACAAACGGUGCUUUGCAUAUUACGGACGUAACGAAUGCCUCACGCACGCUGCUCAUGAACCUGGAGACGCUCAAUUGGGAUCCUGUGCUGCUCAAAACCUUUGCCAUACACGAGGACAUGCUGCCCAGCAUACGCAGCUGCUCGGAGAUCUUUGGCAAGAUCACCUCAGAUCGCAGCGCCCUGCGUGGUCUGACGCUCAGCGGCAUUCUAGGCAAUCAACAGGCCUCGCUGCUGGGACAAAUGUGCGUCAAGCCGGGACAAACAAAGAACACAUAUCGCAGCGGUUGCUUUUUGCUCUGCAACACGGGCGAGAAGCCUGUAAUCUCCGCUCAUGGACUGCUCACUACCAUUGCUUAUAAGCUGGGCCCACAGGCGCCCACAAUAUACGCGCUUGAGGGCUCCGUUUCUGUGGCUGGACAUGCGCUCUCCUGGCUGCAGCAGAAGGUGCGCCUGCUGCCCGACUCACGCGAGGCUGAGAAAUAUGCUGAGAUGGUGCCCAGCUCUGGCGACGUUUACUUUGUGCCCGCCUUUACGGGUCUCUAUGCGCCCUACUGGCGUCAAAAUGCACGCGGCAUUAUCAUUGGCCUGACGCAGUUCACGCGCAAGAAUCACAUAGUGCGUGCUGCGCUGGAGAGCAUCUGCUUCCAAACGCGUGAUAUACUGGAGUGCAUGCAUCAGGAGUGUGGCUACGAGAUUAACAAGCUGCAUGCCGAUGGCAAACUGACCACAAAUAAUCUGCUAAUGCAGCUGCAGGCGGAUACAGCCGGACUGCCGCUCUUCCGCUCGCAGCUGAUGGACUCCACCGCGUUUGGCGCUGCCAUGUGUGCGGCGCAGGCAAAGGGCAUUGGACUGUGCAAGUUUGAGCCGGAGAAGCGCUACUAUGAGAACGUGCACUACGACACCUUUCUGCCCACUACAACGGAGCUGGAGCGUGAGGAGCGCUACGGCAAGUGGAAGCGCGCAGUGGAGCGCAGUCUGGGCUGGGUCAUCAAGCAGAAGAAGACGCGCACGCAUACCGAGGAGAACUAUCGCCUGCUGUCCUCGCUGCCAGCGAGCAUCUUCCUCAUCAGCAGCUUCGCCAUGCUCGUGCAUUCGCUGGCUGUUGCCUAAAUUGGCAGUCCCUUUAACUCUAACACGCUCUCUCGGUUUAUAUUUUGGUUGUGAUAAUAAUUACUUUGUGAAACGCUUUGCUGUAAAUAGUUCCCCCCACCCGCUCUGUCAUGCCACACUGCAAAUUAUUCCAUAUUGUUGACUCUGGUUUUGAGUAAUGUAAAUAGAACUUUGGAUAGAACUUGCCCCCUUGUCAUAAAGUCACUUAACCUAAGCAUAUAUAAAUACUUUUAUAAUUUGUGUACUUAUCUUAUCGUGUUUGCCUUGCGGCAUAGUUCUACGGACUGCAAAUGUUACUUCGAGUCUAUAAAUGUUUUUAUUUAUAACCAAAUGCUGUAUAUAGCUCAACUUCCAACGAUUUUUGUGACUUAAUUAUACAAAUAUAUGAUUAGCAUUAAGGCUGCCAAAACUAUAAAUUAAUAAAAU